UGACCCCGCGGACCACAACCAUCCCUUAAUACGACGCGGUCCUUCUCUGAAUGUUCUCUCAAUGUUCCAAAAAUGAAAAACCCCACCUCCCUCCCCUCUCUCCCGGCGUACUUUAGCUAACACCGGCCCUAUCUAUAUCUGCUGGGUUCUAUCGCCCGUUUAUCCGAAGACAGAAACCACAUCAAUUAUAGACUCUGAAGAGAGAAUGUGAGGAAAAGUUAUGGUUGGAAUCGAAAUCCGAUCCUCUUAAGUUGGGAGUUUGGUCGGAUUAUACAGAAGCUACUUCCCCGUUUUGACCAAUUUUGACUGUUUGAUGCAUACAUACAUCAAUGGCCAUAAAAGGGGAUUAGAAAUAAGGAGGUUAUUGGGACCUUGGAGGCGUUGGUGAUCAUGCCACAAACAUAUUACUUGAAGUGACUGCUUCAAAGGUGCAAACGAUUCUGAGAUCUGUAUCUGGCUGAACUAAAGAAACUGACACCAUGGGUGUCUCAGGAAAAUGGAUUAAAGCAUUGGUUGGUUUGAAGAAAUCAGACAAGUCAGAGUCUUCAGAGAAGAGCGAAAAUCCCCAGAUCUAGUGGUCAACAAUACGUAUAUGAAUUUUUCAGUGGCAUGCCAAUGAGAUGUAGCUCAAAUGGCUCCUCCUCCCUCCAUAAAAUUGGGUGGAGAGUGAAGUCAUGGGUCUGAUACCCAUUGGUAAUGUGACUUACCAAUUAGAGAGAGAGGAGAAGAGAUCAGCCACUAGAAAGUUUCGGCACCAGAGAAAGCAUUCCAUUGAGAUUGAUGCAGAUAAUCUUCAAUAUGAGUACGGGCAUGAAGUUGCUCCACCAGUCGGAGAUUUCAAUAUUCAACCAAAUCCUGAUGCUGCUGGCUCCAAUUCGGGUUCGCCUCAAGUACAGGAUGCAGCUCUUAAUCAAAAAAUUUUGAGAGAAGGGGCUGCAACACGCAUCCAGACCGCUUUUCGUGGAUUUCUGGCUAGGAGAGCUUUACGAGCUUUGAAAGGAUUGGUAAGACUUCAAGCCCUUGUGAGGGGCCAUGCUGUGAGAAAACAAGCUGCAAUAACUCUUCGCUGUAUGCAAGCUUUGGUUAGAGUUCAGGCUCGUGUCCGGGCCAGGCGUGUUCGUCUGGCAUUGGAAAGUCAAACAGAAAAACAGAAGCUUCAACAACAACUUGCAAAUGAGGCUCGUGUCAAAGAAAUAGAAGAAGGAUGGUGUGAUAGUGUGGGAUCGGUUGAAGAAAUUCAAUCCAAAUUGUUAAAGAGGCAGGAGGCUGCUGCUAAGCGUGAGAGAGCUAUGGCAUAUGCUCUGGCUCAUCAGUGGCAGGCUGGAUCAAGGCAGUUGGCUGCUCCCUCUGGGUUUGAACCAGAUAAAAGCAGCUGGGGUUGGGACUGGUUGGAAAGAUGGAUGGCUGUUCGUCCUUGGGAGAAUCGUUUUCUUGACAUUAAUCUCAGAGAUGGAGUGAUGGUACAUGAAAAUGGAUCAGCUGAGGGUAACGAAGGAACCACAUCCCACUUAAAAUCUGCUGGAAAAAAACCAAUUGCCUCAAAUCUUCAUCCAAACCUUUCAAGUCAGAAAAUGGGGCCCUCCCAUUCUGAUGGCUUUGGUUCUUCAUCCAGCAAGUCAGCAGGCAUGCAAGAGGCAUCCGAUACACUACCUUCCAAGCCAAAGCCCAAGGCACAGAUGGAUGAUCCAGUUGAACAAGCUAAGACAAGGCCUGGAAUUGGUGUGAGAUCCCACAGCAAUCCAAAAGAGAGAUCCACGCAACCAGAUAAACAGGCAAAGAAGCGAUUGUCUCUACCCAACAGUGGGGCAGGUACUGGUGCUCAAUUGGCCAGGAUUUCGAAUAGAACUGUUGUCAAAGGGGCACCCAGCAACCAGAAGGCCAUCAAGGAUAAAUCUAAGUUCAAUGGAAAAGGGGACUCAAACUCUACAAUGUCUGCCCCGCACUCCCAUUGAUCUCUGGCUCUAAGAAUCGCAUGGAAGGUAUCUACUCAGGCUACCCUUGAUUUCGGUGCUGCUGUUUCAAUCUGUACAUAUGUUGUUGCUACGAUGUUAGGGCAUGCAGCAUUCAUGCUGCGGUUCCGUCAUGAAAUUCCAGGGUGGUUUCAGCCUGACAUAGUAAAAGAGAUCUGCUUGAUUGUCACGGGGAAGAAGAUUAGGGGGUUUGAUGUGGCUGUUGUAAUCAUUUGAGUUUAUUGUGAUGAGUUCGGAAAUCAUGAGAUAUUUAUUUCCCAAGGACUUGAAGAUUUGUGUACUUGUCUUUUUUGGUAAGUAAUGUAAAAUUUUAUUAAGGUAAAAAUAUUUUAUUCCAGUA